AUGGUCCAACUCGAGGGCAACACGCUCCUCUACACGGUCACUCUGCUAGCAUGCCUGGGAUUCCUGCUGAUCGGCUACGACAAUGGUCUUAUGGGUGGUCUGGUCAAUGCGCCCUCGUUCGAUGGCACAUUCAACCUCGAUACCGAUUCGGACUAUGGUACGGACAUGGUGGCAUUGAUCGUCGCAAUUUACGAAGUCGGCUGCUUUUUUGGCGCCAUCAUCACCGGCUUCAUUGGUGAAAAUCUCGGUCGUCGACGCAGCAUCUUCAUCGGUGUCGUAAUCAUGAUUAUCGGCGCUCUGCUCCAAGCCACGGCGUACACUAUCGCGCACAUGAUCGUUGCUCGCAUUGUGGCCGGUGUCGGCAUGGGGUUCAUCAACUCGACUGUACCAGUGCUCAUGGCCGAGUUCGCACCGAAGGCCACCAGAGGUAUCUACGUCUGCGCGCAGCUCUCGACUCUUAAUUUCGGUAUCAUGCUGGUGUACUGGAUUGACUACGCUUUCGGCAAGAUUGCAGGAGGUCCAAGUUAUUCCUGGCGCGUCCCGGUCAUUCUCCAGUGCAUCUUCUUGAUUCCCAUGCUGUUCAUCAUCAUGAUCAUCCCGGAGACUCCUCGGUGGCUGAUCUCGCAUCAUCGCGGGGAUGAAGCUCUUGAUGUGCUCAGGCGACUGAACAAGAAGAAGAUGAGUGACGCGGCCAUCGAGAGGAUGCACGCGGAUAUCACCAACACUGUUGCAUACGAGGCAUCUAUUGGUGCUGGUACCUGGAAGGACUUACUCAAGAGUGAUGACAUCCAGUCUACUCGCCGAUUCCUGAUUGCAUGCGCGGUGCAAAUUUUCCAGCAGCUGGGUGGCAUCAACGCUCUGAUCUACUACAGCAACACGCUGUUUCAGAAGAGCUUGGGAUUUGACAGUAACUUGUCAGCUCUCAUGUCCGGAUUUUUGAACACGUGGUUCUUCAUUGCGUCCUUCAUUCCAUGGUUCUUGAUUGACCGUGUUGGAAGAAGGCCGCUUUUCUUGUCAAUGAUUUCCCUGAUGGCUGCUGUCAUGGUCGUCCAGACCGGGCUGAUUUGGAAUGUUGAGAACAAGACAUCCAUUGCUGAUGCUUGCGGAGCAGGUGCAGCAGCAAUGCUUUUCAUCUUCCAGGGAGCUUUCACGAUUGGCUUCCAGGCCACUGUCUGGGUAUAUCCUUCGGAGAUUCUGCCGUUGAAGCUGCGUCAGCGAGGCUCGUCCAUUUCCACGGCGAGCAACUGGAUCUGCAACUUUAUGAUCGUGUACAUCACUCCGCCAGCUAUCAGGAACAUCGGCUACCGGACGUACAUCAUCUUCGCAGUCCUCAACGCCACUUGGGUACCGAUCAUAUACUUCUUCUUCCCCGAGACCAAGGGUCUCGCUCUCGAAGACGUGGAUCGCUUGUUUGCAAAGUCUGAAGAGGCGCACAGGCAGAUGAGCGUCAUUGUUCACGACACUAAGCCCGUUGAUGAUGUCGAAAUGAUCACAGAUGUCGCCGAGAAGAACUAG